AGUUGUUGUCUCUGAGGACUAACCAUCCAGAGGAGGAAAGAAAACACAAAUGCUGGGGACCUGUCACUUCCAGACAGUGCCAGCUACCAGAUUUAGCCCAUUGGCUCAGCCCUUUUCUGGUCCCAGGUCUGUCUUUUCUGGGCGCUUGGAGACCUUCAGGCCAGGCCCACGUCUGGGUACACUCUUUAUCCUGGCAUAGUUCUUGGACACUGAGCUGAAGAAGGAAGAUGUGGCUCUGCGGACACUUGGUCCAACUCCUUUCUUCAAUGAGCAGAUCAGGGAGGAAACGAACGCAGGGUGUCAGAGCCAGGAAUGCUGGGCAGGAAGGAUGUGUGGGUUCCGAGAGAAACCCCGUUCACCAAGGCCAUGGAAGUGGAGGCUGCAGAGGCCCGGUCCCCAGCCCCCGGCUACAAGCGCUCGGGCCGCCGCUACAAGUGCCUGUCCUGUACCAAGACAUUUCCAAACGCGCCCAGGGCAGCGCGCCACGCUGCCACACAUGGGCCGGCAGACUGCUCUGAAGAGGUGGCCGAGGUGAAGCCAAAGCCAGAGACAGAAGCUAAGGCAGAGGAAGCCAGUGGGGAGAAGGUGUCAGGCUCCGCGGCCAAGCCUAGGCCCUAUGCGUGUCCGCUAUGCCCCAAGGCCUACAAGACGGCACCCGAGCUGCGCAGCCACGGGCGCAGCCACACAGGGGAGAAGCCCUUUCCGUGCCCCGAGUGCGGCCGCCGCUUCAUGCAGCCCGUGUGCCUGCGCGUGCACCUGGCCUCGCACGCUGGCGAACUGCCCUUCCGCUGUGCGCACUGCCCCAAGGCCUAUGGCGCGCUCUCCAAGCUCAAGAUCCACCAGCGUGGCCACACAGGCGAGCGGCCUUACGCCUGCGCCGACUGCGGCAAGAGCUUUGCUGACCCUUCAGUGUUCCGCAAGCACCGGCGUACUCACGCUGGCCUGCGGCCCUACAGCUGUGAGCGUUGCGGCAAAGCCUAUGCGGAGCUAAAGGACCUCCGCAACCAUGAGCGGUCCCACACCGGCGAGCGCCCCUUCCUCUGCUCCGAGUGCGGGAAGAGCUUCUCCCGCUCAUCCUCGCUCACGUGCCACCAGCGCAUCCACGCGGCACAGAAGCCCUACCGCUGCCCGGCCUGCGGCAAGGGCUUCACGCAGCUCAGUUCCUACCAGAGCCACGAGCGCACGCACUCGGGGGAGAAGCCCUUCCUGUGCCCGCGCUGCGGCCGCAUGUUCUCCGACCCCUCGAGCUUCCGUCGCCACCAGCGCGCGCAUGAAGGGGUGAAGCCAUACCACUGCGAGAAGUGCGGCAAGGACUUCCGGCAGCCGGCGGACCUGGCCAUGCACCGGCGUGUGCACACGGGCGACCGGCCGUUCAAGUGCCUGCAAUGUGACAAGACGUUUGUGGCGUCCUGGGACCUCAAGCGGCACGCGCUGGUGCACUCUGGCCAGCGGCCCUUCCGCUGUGAGGAGUGCGGGCGAGCCUUCGCCGAGCGUGCCAGCCUCACGAAGCAUAGCCGGGUGCACUCGGGGGAGCGCCCCUUCCACUGUAACGCAUGUGGGAAAUCCUUUGUGGUGUCGUCGAGCCUGAGGAAGCACGAGCGGACCCAUCGAAGCAGUGAGGCCGCGGGGGUGCCCCCUGCACAGGAGCUGGUGGUGGGGUUGGCGCUGCCUGUGGGCGUGGCAGGUGAGAGUUCAGCCGCCCCGGCAGCAGGGGCGGGGCUGGGGGACCCUCCAGCAGGGCUGCUAGGGCUGCCCCCGGAGUCAGGUGGUGUGAUGGCCACACAGUGGCAGGUGGUGGGCAUGACGGUGGAGCAUGUGGAAUGCCAAGAUGCUGGUGUCCGGGAGGCUCCUGGUCCCUUGGAAGGGGCAGGCGAGGCGGGGGGUGAGGAGGCUGACGAGAAGCCCCCCCAGUUUGUGUGCCGAGAGUGCAAGGAGACCUUCUCCACAAUGACGCUGCUGCGUCGGCACGAGCGCUCACACCCGGAGCUCCGGCCCUUCCCCUGCACCCAGUGCGGCAAGAGCUUCUCUGACCGGGCUGGGCUGCGCAAACACAGCCGCACUCACAGCUCAGUGCGCCCCUACACCUGCCCCCAUUGUCCCAAGGCCUUCUUGAGUGCCAGCGACUUGCGCAAGCAUGAACGCACCCACCCUGUGCCCAUGGGGACCCCCACACCCCUGGAGCCCCUGGUGGCUUUGCUAGGAAUGCCUGAAGAGGGGCCGGCCUGAAGCCCAUGACCCCCCAGCACCACACUCCGGGAGCCCAGCCCCCAUCGGGGGCUUCCUGUACCUCCUUUUGCCUGGCUCUGCUCUUUAGACUCCAGAUCCCUACCCCUCAGCAACUAGCUCACCUGUCGCCCAGCUAAGAGAGCUGGGACAGUGGAGGCUGGCAGAAGCUGAGACGUGACUGUCUAGGAGUAACACUCAUUAAAGCUUUCAUUUUGGCACCA